UGUGAGAAUGUGUGGCCGAACAGAGGCUACCCUCCGAGCCUACCUGAGACGAACACUUGGCGUAGACGAGGACUCCUGGACCAUCCAACCCUCCAACAUCGGUGGCCGGGGGGUCUUCGCCACCCGGGACUUGAAACCUGGAGACCUAGUGUUCCAUGACAGGCCGGUAGUCUGGGGUCCCAGAGCCAAGCCAGAUGAGCCCAUGUGCAGUUCCUGUGGAAGGCGGGGGCGUGUCGCCGCUUGCCCCGCUGGAUGUCCCCUGCCUGUCUGCAGCCCCAUCUGUGCUGCAUCUCCUCUUCACAUAGAGGAGUGUCGCCUAGCCAGUUCCAACAUAGACCUUCCUACUGGCUGUUGGCGUCUAGAUCUUGUAGGGAUUGUGACUCCCUUAAGAUGCCUAUUCCUAACUCCAGAGGACAGGGAAGUUGUUCAGUGUCUUCAAGGAAAUACUGGGAAGAUCCAUGGUGUUGAGGUUGAUUUGAUGAAGCACCACAUGAAAGGCAAGUUGAAGCGAGAAGACGAGGAGUGGAUGCGUCAGUGUUGCUGUGUCAUGGACACAAACUCUUUCGAGUUUCUUCGAGUGUUUGAGGACGGUGCUCAAACCAGCCUUCGAGGCCUGUACCCUCUGGCAUCCAUAAUGAACAACGAGUGCAGUCCUAACACAUGCCAUGUUUAUGACGCUAAUGGAAUUAUGAAGGUAGUAGCAGCCAGGGCUAUUACCAAAGGAGAAGAAGUCACGACCUCUUACAGUGUUCUGCUGUGGAGCACAAACAUCCGCAGGAUAAACCUGGCCAAGACAAAACACUUUCUUUGUAGAUGUUCUCGCUGUGUGGACCCCACAGAGUUUGGUUCAAUGCUAUCCUGUCUGCCUUGUACCGAUGUUCAGUGUCGAGGUCUGCUUCUCCCGGGGAACCCUCUGAAACCGAAUUCUCCUUGGUUUUGUGGCUCUUGCUCUAUGGAGGUAUCACCCAAGCAGGCCGCCCAGUUACAGGCCGCCCAGGGUGGCUUGGUACAAACCCUCAGCUUGUCAGAACCACCCUCAGUGGCCCAGUUCCUCACUGACAGCUCACUCCCUCCGCAGAGCCAAGUCGUAGUGCAGCUGAAGCUAGGAUUGGUUUGGCAGCUUGGCCACAAGCCUACCUUCACUUGGCCAGAACUCUCAGAAGAUCUACUGGACCUGAAAGUCAGAUGCUGUAGAGACAUUCUACAUUUGUUAGAACUGCUUAAUCUUGGAGAAUGCCGCACUAAAGGACUUAUUCUAAUGGAACUACAUGCUGCGCUGAGUGAAAAAUAUCGAAGAUUAAAAAACUGUAAUCCACAAUGCCAGGACAUCAAAGAUGAAGCAAAGUCAGUAUUGAACGCUGCAAUUUUCAUUUUGGGACAUGAUGCAGCAGCACAGAAAGAUUUGAAAAUAAGAUUGGAAGAGAUGUCUCAAAUGGCAUAGGUUUCACCAGUCUAUUCCGUGAUACAUUCCUGUGGUGCAAUGUAUUUAUACAUCAGAGUAAAACGUCUAACUGAAAACUGAAA